UGUCUUGGGAUGAAAAUAUUACUACUUUUUCCAACAAACUUGGUCAAACUUAAAAUAGUUUGACUUUGACCAAAGUCAAAACGUCUUAUAACUUGAAACGGAGGGAGUAUUUUUUUUGGCAAGAAUGACUAGGCCUAAAAUUUGUAUAGCUUUCAAAGUGAUGCCAGAUAAUUUUGUAGCACCAAUUUCUUAGGUCUCUCACCAAAUAGGUGUAAUUUAUUUUGGCAAUGUUAAUUAUUUCGCAUGGUUGAGCUGAGGUUUCAAACAGGCCAAGACCUAAAUGCCUAUUUUUGUUCAUUCUUCGGGAAAUUCACUCCCCACAGAAACAGUUGAUAGAUGAAGUUCUAUAAAAUAUCAACUAUGUGUGGCAUUGUGACAAAAAAAUAGAAAAUAGUAAUGUACUACUAAAUAUUUAAGUUAAACAGUAUGCCAAUCAUGAGAUAUCCUAUGUCUGCCUAGGAAAAUCACUUGCUCUGCCAGGCUAGUUUGUCAGGACAUCCAGAUGUUUUUUUUUAAGAUUCUUCUAAAUAGUUGCUCCGAGGGCCAAAAUAUCACAAAUAGAAGCCAACAAUUUUGACGGACCUGACAAAGAUGACUACCAAUUUAAGCAAACAAUCUUCCCUGAAAUUUCAGUCACACACAACAGCUAAAUUUGAUCUCUCAUCUCUCUGUUAAAUUUCGAGGUUUGGAUAUGGAGCAUGUCGUAUCAGCAGUAACCGGUGAACUGGUCACCCGGUUCAUCUCCUACCUCAUGAGCAAGUACUCAAGAAGACAUGAAAUCUCAGAGGAGAAGCAGCUGAAAAGACUGCAGCAGCUUCUCCUACGAGUUUCCAUGGUUGUCGAGGAGGCAGAUGGGCGAUACAUCACCAACUCCGGGAUGCUGAUGCAGCUGAAGGCACUUGCUGAUGCCAUGUACAGAGGCCACCAUGUCCUGGACAUGUUCAGGUGCAGGACCCUAAUUCAGGAGGAUCCCAUCAAGGAGGUUAGCAACCCAUUUCCUCCCCUCAAACGUUUUUGCAAAAUUGUUGAUGCUUCUGGAAAGGACAAGGCCAGGCACCUUGAGUUGCACAGAACUUUGGAAAUAUUAGAAACUGCUGUUGAUCACAUGGCAGAAUUUGUUGUUCUUUUGGGUGGAUGCGAUCGGAUGUCAAGGAGACCAUAUGAUACCUAUCUUUACAUAGAUAACUUCAUGUUUGGCCGUCAUUCUGAAAAGCAGAGGCUCCUGAAUUUCCUAUUGGAAUACAACCCUCCUGGUGUGCAGCCUGCUGUUCUUCCAAUCAUUGGUGCUCUUGGAGUUGGGAAGAAAACUCUGGUUGCGCAUGUAUGCGCCGACGAGAGGGUUCAAUCACAGUUUUCUUCCAUUUUGCAUUUGAAUGAAGGUGAUCUUUUGGGAAUAGCACACAAUCAUACUCUCUUGGCAGGGAACAUUUUGAUGGUUGUGGAGUUUGUUUCAGAUGUGAAUGAGAUGAAUUGGGAGGAAUUCUAUAAAUCCGUGGCACAAAUGAAUGAGGGAAGCAAGGUGGUAACCAUAAGCAGACUUAGAAAAUCAGAGAAACUUGGAACUGUAAAGCCAAUGUUUCUUAACAACCAUUCAGAUGAAGAAUUGAGCUACCUCUUCAAAAUGCUCGCAUUUGGAAGUGCGAACCCUAAGGACCAUCCACGAUUAGUACAAAUAUCUGAAGAAAAUUGCCAUGCAGAUGCAGUUCAAGGGACACUUGCCGCAGCAAAUGCUACUGCAGAUGCAUUGAGAGGGAAUUUGGAUGUCAAUUUCUGGCUUGGCAGAUUAAAAAUGUGCAUUACACUGACUGAAAAAAAAAAUCUCCUUGUAUGGUCAGAAUCCAAAGCUACUACUUGAACAAGGUCGUCGCAUAGACAUAGCAAGCUUUGCUUUCUCUCCAACUGCUCCAUUGCACAUCAUUCCUUGUACUAAUUUCAGUAGUGCAUCUAAAGUUGGUCUUCAACUUGGUCCUGAUCUGCGCCAGCAAGAUGGAUAGGCGAAUCUUUGCCUCCGUUUACUCAUUGGUGACCGGCGAAUGGGGUGAUGCCAUUUUCACAGGGCCUGUAUCCACCAUCUACCAUUUUGGUUCACCUGCCAUACUUGUUGGCAAUGCCCUCUAUUGGUUGCUAUCUGUGUCCGGGCAUCACAUUCUUGAGUUCAAUCUCGAAACGUUGACCCUAGCUGUGACCGAUGGCAAUUGGCCAGAGACGAAUUUUUCUAGCGAUUGCCGCUAUUGUAUCAUGCGUAGGGAGGAUGAUAAUGUCAGCCUUGCCAUUCUGUCGUACAGCGGAUUCCAAAUGUGGGAGAGGAAGGUCACUCUUGGAGGUGCCGCGAAAUGGGUGCUACGGAAGACUGUCAAGCUGCAUGGCAUUCUUGGGCUGAGUUCUGCUGUGCAGAGAGAGAAAAUAGAUAUUGUGGGAUAUGCUGAGGAUCUUAAUGCGUUUAUUUUAGUGGUGGAUAUGGCUUUCUACAUGGUCCAAGUUGACUCAAUGCAGUUCAAGAAACUCUUUGAUUGCAAUGUCAUCACCUGCUGUCAUCCCUUCACAAGUUUCUACACUGCAGUCAUUGGAGCAAACGAGUGAGCACUGAGCACUCAAGCUGGAUUGGAUUGUUGAAGAGCCGUGGGCGAAGAUUUUUGUUAUUGUUAUCAUUGCUUCCAGACAGUGCUGGUGCCCAUGGACAUGAUCCCACAAGGAGUCCAGAAUUCGAUGAAAAAUAUAUACAUCGAUGCUGCAUUUGAAGGCAUUGGAGCAGAAGACAAGCUAAGGUUGGAUUGUUGAAGAACCGUGGACUAAGACCCCUUUUUUUUUCUUUUUUUGCUUGCGGAUUGUGCUGGUACCAGGGUUUACCUUACCGAGCGGUUACCGGGCUUACCGCGAGGUACGGUAAUAUAAAUACCGCGGUAACCUCCUUAAAUUCAAAUAAAUUUAAAAAAUAAUUUGAAUUUUUGAUAAA